AUGUCGACCCUCGAGGAUCUUGAGGAUCUCGAUCGUCAGGAUCAGAACGAGAAGAAGAGAGAUGAUGGCGACAAGGACAAGGACAAGAAGAAGCCCACAGCCGAAGGUGAUGCCGACAUGAAGGAUGCCGAGGAGGACGAGGAGGACAUCCUGGACGACGAGAUCCUGAACCUCAGCACCCAGGACAUCCAGACCCGCAAACGCCUGCUCGAGAACGACUCCAGAAUCAUGCGAAGCGAACUGCAACGGUUGACGCACGAGAAGGCUACCAUGGGGGAAAAGAUCAAGGAGAACCUCGACAAGAUUGCCAACAACCGCCAAUUACCCUACCUCGUUGGUAACGUCGUCGAACUCCUCGAUCUCGACCCGACCGCCGAAUCAUCUGAGGAGGGCGCGAACAUCGAUUUGGACGCCACCCGCGUCGGCAAGUCGGCAGUUAUCAAGACCUCCACUAGACAAACCAUAUUCCUUCCAUUGAUCGGUCUGGUCGACCCUACGACCUUGAAGCCCGGCGACCUCAUCGGAGUCAACAAGGACUCCUACCUUAUUCUCGACACCCUGCCCGCCGAGUAUGACAGCAGAGUCAAGGCUAUGGAGGUUGACGAGAAGCCCACGGAGAAGUACACCGAUGUUGGUGGUCUGGACAAGCAGAUCGAGGAGCUCGUCGAGGCUAUUGUCUGGCCCAUGAAGGAGGCCGAGCGCUUCAAGAAGAUUGGCAUCAAGGCGCCGAAGGGUGCUCUGAUGUACGGCCCUCCAGGUACCGGAAAGACGCUUCUCGCCAGAGCUUGCGCAGCGCAGACCGAUGCCACCUUCCUCAAGCUCGCCGGUCCCCAACUGGUGCAAAUGUUUAUUGGUGACGGUGCUAAGCUGGUACGAGACUGCUUUGCUCUCGCCAAGGAGAAGGCCCCCGCCAUCAUCUUCAUCGACGAGUUGGAUGCCGUCGGUACGAAGCGUUUCGACAGUGAGAAGAGCGGUGACAGAGAAGUGCAGCGCACCAUGUUGGAGCUUCUGAACCAGCUGGACGGUUUUGCGUCAGACGACCGCAUCAAGGUCCUGGCCGCCACGAACAGAGUCGACGUUUUGGACCCCGCCCUGCUUCGUUCAGGUCGUCUCGACCGAAAGAUCGAGUUCCCCUUGCCGAACGAGGAGGCCCGCGCGCAGAUUCUCAAGAUCCAUUCCCGCAAGAUGAAGGUUGACCCCGCUGUCAAUUGGGGUGAAUUGGCUCGCAGCACAGACGAGUUCGGAGGUGCCAUGCUUAAGGCUGUCUGUGUGGAGGCUGGUAUGAUUGCCCUGCGUAUGGGCAAGAACAAGAUUAGCCACGAGCACUACGUGGAUGCCAUUGCCGAGGUGCAGGCCAAGAAGAAGGACACGGUCAACUUCUACGCUUAA